UUUUAGCGUCACUGUGUGGCGCUGCGUGAUGACGUGUACGUACUAGCUAGCAAACAUGGCGAAGAAACAACGUGGGAAAAGCGCUUCGUUUUCAAAGACGGCGGAUAUCAAACAACAGACGGACCAUUUCAGUUUAAUGCUCGAGUCCAGUGACGACGAGGCGCCCGAAGAGGUGACCUUUGAAGAUUCAAAGGCUGAGGCUUUACGGAGCAUGAAACAGGCGCUGGACACGGCCAGAAGGGAAAAAGAGCAACUGAAAGAGAAGAGGAGGAAGAGACAGGAACUGUUCCAGGAGCAGAAGAAAAGAAAACUCUUACCUGCCGACGUGUUGGAGGAAAUCGACUCGGCUCCUUCACAGACGCAGAAACAGUGUCAAGAAGACGCUGAAGAGGAGGAACAGGAGGCUGAAGAGGAUGAGCAAAGAAAGAAGAAAAGGAAGAGGAGCGGCAAACUGGCACAUGCCCGGAAUCUGAAGGGAAACUACACGGUGCAGACAGCGAAGGAGCGAGAGUCGGCAUCCUUCCAGCAGCAAGCGGCCGAGGACUUCCUCCAGUCCAGAAUGUACGGACCAGGAAGCUGCCGGACCACGAGCAACGAGCUGCUCUCCCUCCAGAACAAGACGGGGAGAAAUAAAAGUGCGGCAGUGCAGUUUGUCAAGAAAGACUGGGCCUGCAACGAGAAAGCCAAAGCAGAGAAGCUGAAGAAGAGAUGGGUCCACAAGCAGCAGAUUCCGUCCUGCUGACCAGUCGGACCGACUGCACGUCUCCAAAAAACCUCGACCCCGGGCCAGCUGACCUUCGCUGCGCCGACACCGAGCUGCACAGACUUCACGGUUCCUUCUGCACACUGAAUUUAAACGGAUGUCCAUUGCGGCCGACCAUCAGAAACAUGCAGGAAGACGUCACGUCACGUAAGCUUUGGGCCGGGACGCGCCCUGGACAACAAAUUAUAUUGACUUAAUGUGGACACGGCCGCAGCCCGAAUCCCUCAAACGAUAGAAACUUAUAGAACAAUGUGCAGGCGCAGACAUUAGAACUGCUCUACCAGCCAUUAAUGGGAUUCUCAUAACCUGAAUUUAACAUUUUGUUUGACGCUCCCUCAUCUGUGUUUCUUAAAGAGCAGAACAGAAUCAGACCUGCUCUUUGUUUUCUGUAAAAUGACUGUAUAAAUAAAAGCUUGUUGUUAUAUCUGUA